AUGAUCAUACUUCUCGAGCCACUUCUAACGAUGACUCAUAUUGAAUCAAGUACAGAAGGAGCAAUAUAGGAGAGAAAAUUAACUAUUAGCUCUACUAAACUGUCUGGUUAAAUCGGAUUGCCUCAGUUUUACGGUGAUCAAACCACUGUUGGAGAGUUAUUUUCAAUAUCAGAAUAUGAUUUUUAAGAAUAAUCUGGAUUCAUCCUUGGAGGAUACUGCAAUGAUGAACAUCUGGUUGGCUUAGACGGAUUUAAUGCCUCAGCAGAUACUAUAUUGAAAUAAGGAAUUUUUAUUGAUGCUAACAAGCUCAAACUGUAAUAUUUUGUAUGGGGCUAUUCCAAGCAGAUUUAAAAUAUAUCUUUAUUGCUUUGGAUUCAAUAGAUCUACGAGUUCUUCAAACUAUUCGAAUAGUAGAUGGUAAUGAAUUGCCUAUAUGCAACAUGGGAUGAUAACUUUUAUAGUGGUCCUUUCAAGGCCUUAAGAAUUAAGAUUACCCAGAAUUCCCCUUAUUUUACUUCUGUUGAAACACAUUAUGGCGGAAAAACGGUUGGCCCUUUGUACAAAGCACUUGCUUUUACUGCAGAGCAAUCGUUGAAUUAAGUGCUAAUCGGUGGAACUUAUUGCGACUAUUUUGACGUUAGUUAUCCAAUAGUUUUGAUCUAUGAAAAAGCAAAUCUUUUAACUUCUCCCACUUAUAAGUAUUGGGAUAGUCUAGACUAUCCAUUCUCUACCUAUGGGGCGUACAUUUCGGCAAUUACUUAUAGUACAAAUUUAAACUAAGUUUUCAUUUCAUUAACUCCUUUUGAUGACAGCUGGACUGAUAAUUUCAAUACAUACAUAGUUGAAUUAGAUAAUGCUUUUUCUCCAUUGUAGUUUGAUACUCAAUUUACAAUUUACUAUGUAAUUACACUCUUUAUUAAACAAUACACAGGUUUGUUUGAGCUUACUUCUGAUACAGUAGUUGGGAUAUUCCUUUCAGACAUGUCAGGUGUAUAUUUUUAUGAUUUACAUUUAGCUCCUGAUGUUCUUUUCAUGAAAAUUAUUUAAAGCUCAAUCUAUGUUUCAGGAUCUUUAUACAUCUUUGAAUGGGGUAGUAACCUGUAUUUUGAUGGAUACAACAACUUAAGCCCUUAUGAUGGGUCAAGUUUCGCUUUUAGUCCCUCUUAGGAAUUAAGCUCACUUGUGAAUUUAGUAAAUCCCUCUUGCACUAUUACAUCCUCAACAUCAGGACUGUCUAUAAUCAGUGAAAAUGUAAAUUAUGCAAUCGAGUCUGUCGCUUAAGUAAUAACAGGUGACCCUUAAUAUCUAAAUAAUUUUUUGAGAUAACCAACUUAAACUUUGGCUUCUGAGUUAAAUACUUUAUCGUAUAGUUUGACAGUAAGCUGUUCAAAUUAGAUAUCUUAUUACACUGCUGGUGAGCCAAAAUUAGAUAUUUUGUUUACAGUAAGUUAUGCAACUUGUAAUGGAGGAACAUCAUGUCCAAUGAUAACCUCUUUAUCUAGUACUAUCACCUCUGUACCAUAUGUGUCCUCAGCUUCUGGCUUAUUUGAAUACUCAUUUACAUCUUCGUAUGAAUUAACCUUUUCUGUAUAUACUUCAACGCUUACUGGAACAGAUGAGCUUUACUAAAUUUAAUUUUCAUUUGAAGAUUAGACAACUGGGGCAAGUCAAUAUUACUUAGCAACUGUCAACGUCUAUCCUGGUACUACAACUACUACCACAACUACGACAACUACGACUACAACAACUACUACAAGUACAACAACUACUACAAGUACAACAACUCCAACAACUACUAUUUCAACAUCAGAUUCUACUAGUGACUCUACAACUGAGACACCAUAUCCAAGUGAUACCACAACUACAACAACAACUGAGACACCAUAUCCAAGUGAUACCUCAACUACAACAACAACUGAGACACCAACUCCAAGUGCUACUACAACAAUAUCCACUACGACUAUAACCCCUACACUUAGUGAUACAACAACAACUUCAACAACUGUAACACUAACUACAAUUUAAACAACUACAACUACAACAUCAACUACAAAUACCCCAAUUCCAAGUGAUACUACUACGUCAAGUACUACUACUACUACGCCAAGUACUACCGCAACUACUACUUCAAGUACAACUACUACUACGCCAAGUACUACCACAACUACUACUUCAAGUACUACUAAUCCUACAACUACAACAACAUCUACUGCACUCCCAGAUAUCACUUUAACAACCACUUCAACUAUAACUGAGACUUCAAGCCCUAAUUAGUUAAUUAGAGUUGAUUAAAAUGGAAUUGCAUUAGUUUUGGGAGAUCCACAAGUAUUGCAAUAGAAUUUACCAGCUGUUAAUACUUAACCCUAUAUUGACCUGCAAAGGUUUCAACUCAAUGAUAUUAGCUUGCUUUUGAACGCUCAAUUCAAAUAAGUCUAUUUCAUCCCACAAGAUGACUAAGGAGAUAGUCUUAAUUGUGAGAUCUUAUUCAAGAAGGAAAAUUAGAUUGUUUUAUUAAAUUGGAUAAGCUACGAUAAAAUUACCAAUAUCUUCAGCAUUGCACCUAAUAACUCUGCUUAAAUAGGAUCUUAUGAUGUGAGUAUAGUCCUGAAGGAGAAAUUAACUAAUGAAAAAUUAACUAAUCAGUAUAUCUUUAAAAUCAAUAUAAUUGGCUAAUCUCCUGUGGUAACAAACAAUUUAACUUAAGAAGAUGUAGUAUCAGAAAACUCAUCAAUAGGAUUAGAUGCAUCAAAUCAAACAAAUUCUAGCCAAGGUACAAAUAGCUAAGAGGGACUUAACUAUCCUGAAGAUUUUGAUUGGAAUGUCACUAAUUUUAAAAGUAAUCAAAUGCAAAUUAAACUUAAGCUUAUUAAUGCAGAAAAUUUCGAUUCUUUUACAGUAAGUUUGAAAUUUAAAUUAAUGAAUUUAUUAGAGAAAGAAAUAUAUAAAAAUCAACCUAAUUAAGCCAGAUGCGCUAUAGCCAGAAAAUGA